CCCAGAAAGGGUUGAGAGAGGUGGAUCAUUUGGUGCUAAAACCAAGGCAGCUAAAAUGCUCUGGCUGGUCAGGACUCUCAGCUGCUGCCUUUGCAUGCUACUGCCUGUAGCCUGUGGUGCUCGGCACACUUUCGUUAACUUCCCAGCUCGAAGAAGCAUGGACUCUGUUCCACAGCAGGUCAAAACUUUCAGUAGAAUGACCACAAUGCUGGCUGAUGAGCCCUACUCCAGAGGAACUGGCAGCUAUUCUUCAGCCAUCUCCCCUACAGACGAUGUUUGCAGGAGCAGGCCCCUGGAUCUUGUGUUUAUCAUCGACAGCUCCCGCAGUGUCCGGCCAGAGGAAUUUGAAAAAAUGAAAACCUUCCUGGCCAAAAUGAUUGAUACCUUGGAUGUGGGAGAGAGAGCCACUCGGGUAGCAGUAGUGAACUAUGCCAGCACAGUAAAGGUUGAAUUUAAUCUUCGGACAUAUUUUGACAAAACUUCCAUGAAGCAAGCGGUAUCCCGUAUCACCUCCUUAGCUGCAGGCACUAUGACCGGUCUGGCUAUUCAGACAGCUAUGGAGGAAGCUUUCACAGAAGAAUCAGGCGCUAGACCUUCUUCCCUCAAUAUUCCCAAAGUGGCAAUAAUUGUGACAGAUGGUCGGCCUCAGGAUCAGGUACAGGAGGUGUCAUCCAGGGCUCAAGCUUCUGGAAUUGAGAUCUAUGCAGUUGGGGUUGACCGAGCAGACAUGCAGUCCCUGCGGUUGAUGGCUAGUGAGCCGGUGGAUGACCAUGUUUCUUAUGUGGAGACUUAUGGUGUGAUUGAAAAGCUGGCAUCGAAAUUCAGAGAGACUUUCUGUGCUGUGGAUGCCUGUGCACUUGGAACACACAACUGUGAGCAAAUCUGUGUGACCAGCGAUGGGUCCUGGCACUGUGACUGCUAUGAAGGGUACACCCUGAACCCAGAUAAGAGGACUUGCUCAAUUAGGGAGACCUGUGCCUCUGGAACACACAACUGUGAGCAAAUCUGUGUGAGCACUGAUGACUCCUGGCGCUGUGACUGCUAUGAAGGGUACACCCUGAACCCAGAUAUGAGAACCUGCUCGACCCGGUCUUCCACUGAGGAUGUUUGUGCAUCUGGAACUCAUGACUGUCAACAAAUCUGUGUUUCUAGUGGCCAGUCUUAUUAUUGUGAGUGCCAUGAAGGAUACUCACUGAAUGCAGAUAAGAAAACAUGCUCAAGAAUAUCAAGAAGCAGUUUUUCUUCUGAGGUAACAGAAGAAGCCUGUAAAUGUGAAGCUUUUCUUAAAUUUCACACACUGGCCACUUCAUAUUUUGAGACAAUUUCAACAAAACAUAUCCUUUCUUUGAUUUUUUUAAAAAAUUGUGGAUAUCUUGCUUUUUCAGAUCUUUCAUGAAGUAACCUCAACUUACAAAAUCAGUGAAGUAAAACCCCACGCAAGUAGGAGUUCUUAUUUUCCUUUCAAAGCUUUUGAGACUUUGAAAUGUGCCUUAUCAAAGGGAGAACAAACCACUUGCAUUCAAAUCAACUGCUUGCCUAAAGGGGAUGGAUUUCAGUUAUACUUUCUAAACCAGCUACUAGAUAGUUGCCAGGCAUGACCUGACAACCAUCAGAAUACUGGAGGGAAGGCAGCAAAAAUAGUGUAACACUUCUGGAAAAACCCAAGUGAUGUCAUGCCUCCCUAGAAAUCAUGGAAACUCUGUGGUAAAACCAUAGAGUUUCUGGUGAUCCUGACCAUUUUACACCAUUUUCCCAACAACCUUUGAAAGAUGUUUAUCCCAAGCAGUGGUAGGAAACAAUCAGCAGGGGACUAGAAUCCCCUGCCUUCACUGUGGGGCUGGUAAAGCUAUUGCACUCUCAUAGCUACAGUAUAGCUAUAGAAACAUGAGUUUGAUACUGGUAUCUAGGCACAUAUGUUAACUCUAGAAGAUCUUUCAUGAAGUAAGCCUUCAUGGAGAUAAUGGACGGUAGGGACAGGGUUUGGACAGGGUAAGGACAGGGUUUUAAUGCAUUCACUGUUGCUCCUGCUUACUGAUGAUGGCGCACAAUCUCAUCUGACUUUUGAUAUUUUUAUUUUACUCUAUUUCUACCUCACUUUUCCUUACUGCUCAAAUUGUUUUACAAUAAAACAAGCAAAUCCAUAUGCAUAAA